CAGAAACAAGCAGGAAGAAGGGAGGGUGGAAUAAGUGAGGGAUUCUACCAAAAAGAAAAAAAAAGAAAAAAAAAUAGGCAUGCUCUGACCACUCCCCCUCCCUGCAUACACACUCGCAGACAGAAAAUGGGCGUUUGCUCUGGCCAAAACCGGCCGACCAAUCGGAAACGAGGCCCCGCCCACUCCGCGAGGGCCGGGCUUGCGUGGCAGGAGGGGGAGAGUGUGAGACCCAACUUAAAGAGUGUGUCUUGCUCCCAGCCCUGACACUGUAGACUCUGAGCUUUCACAGUUGAAACCACUAUUUCACCAUUUCUACUCUCAUGGUUGUGCAGACGCUAAGAAUGAAGAUACAGGAGUCUCCCGUCACCUGCGAUACGGGGAGGGUCGGCGUGGGCGGAGGAGGAGGCGCCGACCCGGAUUGCGAGAAGUCUGGCUGCGAGGACGUGCCCCGAUUGGACCUGACAGCUCUGACCGAGGAAAACAGUUGGGGAGAGCCCGUCCCAGCCUACCCCCUUCUGCAGAGAGAGAGCAUGGACAGAGAGGAGGCCCGGCUGUCCCCUCGCGACGGCGGGCGGCUCAUUCGACAGCUGCUGGACGAGGACAGCGACCCCAUGGUGUCCCCCCGAUUCUACGCCUACGGGCACGGGCAGCAGUACUUAGAAGAUACGGAAGUGCCCCCAUCUCCGCCCAACGCACACUCAUUCGUCAGUCGGAGGCGGAGUUCGUCUCUUGGCUCCUGCGACGAUGAGAAGGAGGAGCUGACUUCGGCUCAGCUCACGAAGAGGAUUCACGUCCUGAAGAAAAAGAUCCACAGAUUCGAGGAGAAGUUUGAAGAGGAGAGAAAGUACAGGCCUUCGCACAGUGACAAAGCUGCAAACCCAGAAGUCCUCAGAUGGGUCACGGAACUGUCCAAACUACGCAAAAUGCUGAAAGAACACAGAAUACUGAAGUCAGAGGAGGACCUGCCACCCCUGACCCGCCAGCGCAGCAACACUCUGCCCAAAAGCUUCGGCUCCCAGCUGGAGAAGAAGCCCGAGCCGCAGAAGGUCCCCAAGCCGCCGGUGGACAUCACGCUGGAGAGCAUCCAGAAGAAACUGCAAGAGAAGAGGAACGAAGUCAACCGGCCCGAAGACAUCAAGGACAUGACUCGGGAGCAGAUAGCGGCGGAAAAAGUGGCUCUUCAAAAAGCUCUCCUGCACUACGAGAACAUCCACGGGCGACCGGUGACCAAAAACGAGAGGCAGAUCAUGAAGCCGCUGUACGACAGAUAUCGUUUGGUGAAGCAGAUUCUGUGCAGAGCCUCCACAAUCCCAGUCAUCGGUUCUCCCUCCAGCAAACGCAGAGGCCCACUGCUUCAGCCCAUUAUCGAGGGCGAAACCGCGCUCUUCUUCGAUGAUAUAAAGGAGGAGGAGGACGGCUCUGAGGACGACUCGGACGCCAAGACGCAGGUUACCAUGACGAUCAAGCCCGACCUGACCGUGCUGGGUUUGAUGGACCACCUGGACGAGGAGGGCGACGGGUUCAUUUCGCCCGUGGACGACCUCUCGCCGUCGAAGAACUCGGCGGACAUGGGGCUGUCCAACCUCCACUCUGCCACUAUUGAGGAACUUGUGGAGCAGCUUCAAGAGACUCGCGAGGAGAAAAAACGAAUCCGCAAGAACCUCAAAGACUUCGAGGACCAGUUUUUCAGACAAAACGGAAGGAAUGUUCAGAAGGAAGACCGCUCCCCUCUGGCAGUGGAAUACAACGAAUACAAACACAUCAAGGCCAAACUCCGGCUGCUGGAGGUCCUCAUCAGCAAAAGAGACGCCGCCAAGGUCAUAUGAGAAGCAAAACUACCGAGAGACUGUCGAGUAAAGACUGUUACAUUUCAUAACUCUGGGGUGCGGCUGAAGGAAAAACAAAAACACAAAACGGCUACCGACCUUCCUCCACUCACUGCCGCUUCAAGGCCAUUUCAGAAAACGCGAGACACGCACAAGCAAAAGAAUCACAUUUCUACUACUAACGCUAAUUUAUUCUUGCAAUGUUUUUUGUAAUAGAACAAAUGUUAUGUUCUCACGAUCGAGUCUUAAAGAAAAGAGAUUAUGAAUGUUGUGUAUUUUUCUAAGGGAGAUCGCCAUCGCCAUUUUUUAUGAAUCAGUAUUCGUAAAUUUGCUGUCUGUAGUAGAACACUUUUACACUGUUUUCGAAUCACGCUUUCGACGCAACCCAAAGACACGAGAACCAAAAUGAUCCGGUACUGAAUAUUUGUGUAUUUUUGUGUAUUAUUUCCCUUAAAGGUGCGCCGUGUAACUUUACUGCUGGAGAGUGCGCUACCUGCUUGUUUUCAUGAAGGAAUAUUCCACAGUGUUGCAUUAAUUGAUUCUCAAAAACUCAAAAAUACCAUAAAAAACAUUAAUUCUUAUUGUAAUUGGGGUUUGCCGUUAUUAGUUUAAUGCCGUACUGCGGGACAUUUCAAACGACGCAAUAACAUUUCCAUGGAGACAAGCAGGUGACGGACCCUCCACCAGAAAAGUUCCAGAGUGCGUCUUUAAAUAAGCUAAAGCCUGUUAUAAUCACUGGAGUAACGCGCCCGCCUCUCCGUCUGUAUCUUUGUAAAUAUAGAUUUCUGUGUUUGUUUACAUUUCUGUGAGCAAGUACAAUUUUAUUUUCUCCAAAAUGGAUGAUUCAUCAGUGUAAAUUUCUCGAUGUUAACACUGGCAGACUUAAAUCUUUUGAGUGUGUACAUUUUAGUACAUAACGUGUAUAAAUUGUAUUUUGUAUAUAACACAAAUGAAAUCAUAUUUUUACUGACCUGA